AUGGCGGCUAAAUUUAUCGAUGAACGUUGGAGAACUUUUGAAGAAAAACAAAAUUUUGAAGCAAAAUCUCGUUCACAAGUUUUUUCUCAAAACCUACCUAAGAACGUUCUCAUACGUGAUCGUAAAAAUGAGAUUAAAGAUAACUCUUAUUGUGAUAAUUUCGAAGAUAUGGAAACUGAAAGCGAUAUUAUAAUAUGGAUUUGCAGGCUAACUGACUUUAGUCACCUUUGUAGUAUAACUGUUAAGAGAGAGCACAUCCUGAGCUAUAACUAUACGGGUGAAGGUUUACACAUACAAAACAAGCAAGAUCCCAAGAUUGUAUUUGACAGUCCAGAGUGUUUAAUUAUACGACGCCAAUCCGUUUCUAAGCUACUGGAUGACAAAGACCAGAUACAUGUUUAUAUUAAAGUUUUUAAAUAA